AUGGCAGCUAAAGGAGGCUUUCUGCUUUCUCUUCUCAACUACAAAACUGAGAAAUAUGUCGUUGCAGAAAACAGGAAGAUUGGGAUUUUAUUCCGACUGUAUCAACUGGCCGUCCUGGGAUACAUAAUCGGGUGGGUGUUUGUGGCAAAAAAAGGUUACCAGGAAAAAGAAGAGACCAUUCAGACCUCUGUGUUCACAAAACUAAAGGGUGUUGCUUUGACCAAUGAUUCUGAAAAAGGGCUUCACAUGUGGGGGGCUGAAGACUACGUAAUACCCCCAAACGGUGAGCAAGUGUUUUUUGUAGUAACAAAUUACAUAGAGACUCCUAAUCAGAGGCUGGGCUUCUGUCCAGAGAGUAAUAAGGUGCCAGAUGGGAAGUGUACAAGUGACAGUGAUUGUGAGGAAGGAGAUGUUGUCACCGCUGGACAUGGGAUAAAGACAGGCGAGUGUAUCAACAGCACUGAGACGUGUGAGAUCCAGGCCUGGUGUCCUGUUGAAUCCGGCCCCAGACCCGAAGAACCCUUACUGAUGGCAUCGGAAAACUUUACAGUCUACAUAAGAAAUUUCAUCCGGUUUCCAAAGUUUGAGUUUUCCAAAUCAAAUGUUCUGGAAACUGCUGACCCCAAUUACCUGAAAAAUUGCACCUACGACAGUGAGACCCAUCCCUAUUGUCCCAUCUUUCAUCUGGGGAAUCUGGUCAGUUGGACAGGCAAUGACUUCCAGGAAAUGGCUGCAAAGGGCGGCUCUGUUGGCAUUCUGAUUGAGUGGAAGUGUGAUCUGGACAAGGGCUACUCAGAGUGUAACCCACAGUACAGCUUCACCCGUCUGGACAUAAAUACGAACAGUUCUGCCACUGCAGGUUACAACUUCAGAUAUGCAAAGUAUUUCAAAGAUCAAAAUGGUGAAACAUAUCGCACUUUGUUUAAAGUGUAUGGAAUUCGCUUUGAUAUCAUGGUCAAUGGCCAGGCUGGAAAGUUUAGUAUUGUCCCCACACUAAUUGCUAUUGGCUCAGGUUUUGCCCUUAUGGGUGCUGGAGCAUUUGCUUGUGACAUGAUUCUGCUGUAUAUGAUGAACACCAGCUCCAUUUACAGAGAAGGGAAGUUUGAAGUCAUCAAUUUUAAGAAAGAACGCUCCAAGUCAAAAGACAGCAAGGAUGAAAAGGAUAAAACAGCACACCGUGACCGAAGAUCUAAAAAGUCAUCCGUGGAGAAAGAUAUAUCCAAUUCCAUUACAAGAGAGGAGGAGUCUAAAGCUAUUCCUGCAGAGAGCCAAAGCUCUGUGGAAAGACGAGGGCCCACUAUUCCUCGCAACACAGGACAGAGAUACUCAGCUCUACUGUCGCCUCAAGGACCAGACCAAAAGCAUCAUGUGAGCUUCUCCCCACACCUUUGA